ACACUGGCCAUAAUCCCACCGAACCGAAACAAUAUUCGCAAAUUUCAUUCGAUUGAUCACUUUUCGUUUGACGUUUCUGUAAACCAAACUAAGUUGAACAAGGCUCAAUAACUUUUCAAUCAAAAUCAGAAUGUGAAAAAGUGCAGUGAAGGACCUUUCGUUUGCCAAAAAUGUCCUUUCUCAAUUUAAAAUUUUCUAUCAAAUCGAUGAAACUGCUGAUAUGCCUCAUCGGAGUUUCAUCGCUGGUGCUGUUGAUUUUCUGUCUCUACACAACGCUCAACACUUCGGAAAAGGUCAUUCCACCUUUGAUCCCAGGACCGGACCAAAACGUGAUCAGCUAUGAGCUACUGCGAAGUCAGAACGCUGCCCUCGUGCCAGAGAAGUACAACGAACACGAGGUCAAGUCUCGUAUCAUCAGAGAUAAAAUCAAGAGGCUGGCCGGUGGCAGAAACACCGAUCUGAGUACACCAGCCCGUCGAAAUCGAACCAUCGCGUUGAAUCGAAACAUACAGAUCUUCUACUAUGCACCGGUUGCGUGGUACAAACCACAUCCCACCGUGCCAACCGAUCGGGUGGUCAGUCGGAUAACUGAAAAUGGAUCCGCCGUUUCGUUCCGUCCAAACGAUGAGCAGAUAAUCAACGUGGCGUUCUAUCCAAAGCGGAAACUGUACAAUACUACGGAAACGAUCAUCAGAGAACAUUUUAAUGAUAUUCAAAAUUGUGGCAUUGGGGUAGUAACUCUCGUUUGGCAUCCAACGUUCCACGAGGGGUUAUUGAGAGCUAUCUUCAAAACGGCUGCCAUCCACAAUCUUAAGAUAGCCAUCGAAAUUCUGGAAUAUCCGGAACGAACGAUUGAAAGUAUUCGAAAUAAUAUCAAGUACUUCAUAGAUUUGUUUGGAAAAGAUCAGGAUAGCAGCACUCUGAGCUACUUUAAGGUUCUUUCCAAACAACGGGACCUUCCCAUAUUCUACAUCAGAAAAGCGUAUCAAAUCGCGGAUACGGAGUGGAUGCGAUUGCUUUCGCGCAAUGGAAUUUUAACUAUUCGAGGAACAAGUUACGAUGCCAUAGUUCUGGCCCACAUUUCCACCAAAGAGCACAAAUCGGUCGUACGCCGAGGUGGAUUUGAUGGUUUCUACACGUAUCUCCCUUCCAAUGGAGCAAACUAUGUAAGCACUUGGAAGAAUUGGUCCCAACUCAAAAAGUUCGCCGAUUCGUACCACCUGAUGUUUGUGCCAACCAUCGGUCCCGGUUAUUACGAUCGGAAAAAGUACUCCCGCAACGCCAACCAAAAUCACGGAAUUUCGAACAUCAAGCGCUACCGAUCCAAUGGUCAGUACUUCGAUGUAGCGUGGCGAACGGCGCUCAAGAACAACGCUCAGAUCAUCACGAUCAACAGCUACAACAACUGGGUCGAUGGCACUCAGAUCGAAGCGGCCAUCCCGGUGUUUGGUUUCAGGGAUUACCUACCCGGGCCACCGGAGAAGUACCUGGACCUGACGCAAGCCUGGAUCGAGGAAUACGUCAAGUACAAGCUCAACAGUAUCAAGCUGGGAAAGAAAAUCGAAGGAGCGCUCGGCUGUUACGACUUUAUCAACAACACUAUCUGCUAAGUUUUAGUAAUGUACCCAUACGUAGCGAAACGCACAGAUUUGAACAGUUUCCCUUUCCUCCCACAGGCACCCGUAGAGCUUAGAUUGUCUAGCUAGCCUUGUGUAGUAUCAGAAAAGCUUUAAACAGCAAUCUACUGGGAAGGUAACUUAUCGCUCCAAUAUCAGACAUCAGUCAGGUAACGAGUAUGAUGGGAACAAUUUGUGUCCCAAUUAUCAUACAUUGGCAUGAGAGCAUGAUAAGUGACGUGAGAACCGACUAAAAGUAUUGUUCAAAGAAAAAAUUUCAAGUUUCUCCCUUCGUCGCUGUGGUAGAAUAGAGGUCAAAGGUUGUAGACACAUAAAAAUCUGUUGGAAUAAACCAUGUGAAUUAUUUUACAAUAUCAA